CCAUCCUGUGUAGUACUUUUAUUCAAGAUGUUUAAGGGUUUAUCAGCUUCCAUAUUCCUUGCAAUAAUGAUCGGUCAAAUGCAAGCUGCAAUAUUCGCAGCUGCAGUUAACCCUGCAAGUGCAACUGGAGAAGAAACGGUUCUUGAGUUAUACAUGCAUGACAUUCUCGGUGGCAUCAACCCAACGGCUAGACCAAUAACUGGCUUGCUGGGCAACAUAUUCAGAGGUCAAGUGCCCUUUGCGAGGCCCUUAGGAUUCCGUCCCCCAAAAGAUGCAGUAGUGAUUCCCAAUGCCAACGGUGCCAUCCCUACCGUUAACGGUGUCAAUGGCAUUCCAUUAGGAAACGGUAUAACAGGUAAAACUUUUGCAGGAAACCCUCAGACACAACUGGGACCUGAUGGACUAGGACUUGGCUUUGGGACAAUCACUGUCAUUGAUGACAUACUAACCUCCAGUCCCAAGUUGGGAUCACAGGUAGUAGGGAAAGCUCAAGGCGUUUAUGUGGCGAGCUCAGCAGAUGGAACCACACAGAUGAUGGCAUUUACUGCUAUGUUUGAAGGAGGUGAAUAUGGCGACAACCUUAACUUCUAUGGCAUAUACAAAAUUGGCAGCCCUCUUUCACAUUUGUCGGUGACCGGUGGAACUGGUAAGUUCAAGAAUGCAAUUGGGUCUGCUGAAGUGAGGGCGCUUAUACCUCCUGGCCAACAUGUUACUGAUGGUGCAGAGACAUUGCUGAGAAUCACUGUCCACCUAAGCUACUGAGAAUGGCAUUGAACAAGAAGAGCAAUGGUGAAUGCUUUGCAUAAAUGAAAGUGAACGUGGUAUAGGUUAUUUGUAAUUUCUAUAGCAGUGAAUCAAUGCUUU